AUGCAUAAUCGGGAGCCCUGCAUUCAAGACGCUCAUAACGAGUCUGUGACGGCCAUAGCGAUGCGAACACCGUUCUCCUCUGCGUCGACUUUUUCUUCAUCUGGCGAGUGGAGACUAUUGACUGGAGGCAAGGACGGGCGUGUGCGUAUGUGGCGCAUCACUCCGUCCAGACAGACAAUGGAAGCGUCUCUUAAAGAGCACCGUGGUCCUGUGAGUGCUAUUCAAGUGACACAAAACUGUACCGCCUGUGUGAGCGCGUCUUCGGACGGCUCUUGUAUUGUCUGGAACCUUGAGACGUUCGUGCGAAUUCAAGCCAUGUUUGCCUCCACUGAGUUCUGUCGAGUGUUGUAUCAUCCGGACGAGAGUCAAUUGCUCACCUACGGCUCGGACAGACGCAUCACGUACUUUGACGCGUACGAUGGAGAAGCGAUCCGAUUUUUGGAAGAAGCUGCGGACCAUGAGAUGUUGGCUAUGGACAUCGAGCACAGCGGGACACUAUUCGUGACGGGUGGGCGUGACGGAAUGCUCAGACUCUGGCACUAUGACAAUGGUGAGACGGUUGCAAUUGGUCGAGGUCAUAUUGAGGCUAUCAAUGCUGUCAAGAUUUCACCCGAUCGAAAGAAGAUAGUCACUGUCGGCUCCGAAGGCGCCGUCAUGAUCUGGGAAAUGGGAGAUUUGCUUGAGCAAACGCAGGGUUAA